AUGUUUUUGUUUUGAAAUCGCGAAAAGACAUUCACGCCCAACGUGAUUCUUAUCAUCUGUUUCCGAAAUAAGCAAUCCUAUGUGAGUACAGUGUAUAGUAGCAGCUAGAACCUACCCUAGACGGCUGUCAUCGUCAUUUUGAACGUUAUAUGUUGUUAAUAGUACUCCCGCAAUGGCAUUAUAUUCUUAUUCACCCCCAGCUUCACCAUCAGAAUCACAUUUUAUUGAAAAUGACAACACUAAAAGGCCAGUGACAUCGUUUGUUGUAGAACCUUCUCCUAAGCGAUCAAAAAUAGAAAGAUCAGCAGUGGAGACUCUUUUAUCAUUCAACCAAAUGUCAAAAAAUAAACAGCAAGUGGAAAAUCCAACAGAUUAUCCCGACUCGCCUGAGAGUUUGCCAUCUGAAGAGUCAUGCCAAGACUGUCAGAAAAAUAGGGAAAGAAUUUCAACAUCACAGGGUUUUGAAACACCACCUAUGACUCCUCCUCCGAAGUCCAAUGUGCCUGGAGGAUCUGUUUGCUUUUCUUCAAUGCCAUUUGGACAGUUGCCCAGCAAUAAGGCCAUCUUUACUUCGACAAAUGUAAUUUCAUCGUUUGUUAGCAAUAUGGACUGUCAUCUUGUAAAAGCCACUCCCAGCCUCAUGUCCUGUUCCAUUUCACCUAGCUCGUUGGUAACGCAAAUUUCAUCAUGUGUCACAUCAAAUAGUGUACCAGUUGCAACACCUCAUAACAACCCAAUUCCUAGUGAUUCAAUUAACUCAGCUGUCCCCAAUAAUAGUAAUAAUUCUACAGCAAGUGUUAUUGCAAACAAUCAUGUUUCAGUGAUCCAAGCAGUUCCCAAUCAUCCAACUGAAAAAAAUGCAGAUUCAGAAAAGACACGAAAGACUGAAAAUGAAGUGCCUGUAAGUGUUGGUAAUGCAUCAGUGGAUCGCAGUAGGACAAAUUGCUUACCAGACAACACACCAAUUGCUACCAGUACUGUUCAGACAUUUAAUAUUACCACACCCGAUGGUAUGCAUUUCAAUCGAGCAAUACUGCCCUCAAUGAAGGCAAUCCUAAUGCCGGGAAACAUUAUCUUGCCUUCUAAUGUUGUGCUUGUUGUGAACAGUCCCAAAGCAGAUGCCAACCAGGCUAAACUCUGCCCAUUGGCCCCUGCCCCUUCGGCAAACAGCCAAUCAGCAACAAGGCCAAUCUCGCCGCCAGCCAGUGGCGAGAUGUUGCGACGUAGGAAUCAUAUUUGCAGAUAUGAAGGAUGUGGAAAGACAUAUUUUAAGAGCUCGCAUCUCAAAGCACAUAUUAGGACACAUACAGGCGAGAAGCCAUUUGAAUGCACAUGGGAAAGCUGUGAUAAACGAUUUGCAAGAUCAGAUGAAUUAUCACGUCAUCGACGGACCCACACCGGCGAGAAGAAAUUUGAAUGCCCGAUCUGUAACCGUCGUUUCAUGCGUAGUGACCACCUCACAAAACAUGCACGUCGUCACAUGACUGCAAAGAAGAUUCCUAAUUGGCAGUUAGAGGUGACGCGACUUACCGACAUGGCGGAACAGAAAACUAUGAUUGUACAAGUAUAGUUCAGAAUAUUUCACAACUUUCAUUCACUCUCUUGGUUCAAAAACGUCCUGUAUCAUUUUUUCAACAAGUGAUACACUUAUGUCAUGUACUGUAUUUCUUUAUACUGUAUAUUUUGUUUUGUUUUUGUGUACAAAGUCAAAAAUUGUGUUAAUUGAAUACAGAUUAUGUUAAGUAAAUGCAAGCUUUUCAGUGUAGUCUAGCUUUGUGCUUUUUGUCGAUAUUAACAUAGUUACUAGAUAAAAUACAAUAAACAAUUUUUAUUGAAAUCCCUAGUCAUCAGUAGCACUAUAACUGAAUGAAGAUUUUUCAAAUGAUUUAUUUGAUCAUGAGAGACAAUAGCUAAGGAAGCACUUGGGAUCUUGUAUUUGAACGGUGUUUAACUAGGAAUCAUCUUUCAUAAAUAUCAAUAUCAUGUGGUUUCAUCUUUUUAGAAUUUACAGUUUGAUUUUUGAAGCUUUAGAGAAAGUGUGCAAUAUGUAUUGUAUCUGCAUUGACAAUUUACGUUUAUCUUUAACUUAAUCUUCUUUUUGUUACCAUAUUGAACAUUAUCAUGUAAUGCUUUUCUUAUGACUAUUAAAAUGGUAUCAGUUUGGCUGCAUCUCAGAUAAAAAUAUACUGUAGUUUAUGGUUUACAAAUAUACUGCCACCCAAAUACAAUCAUAACCUUUUUAGAAAGAGAAUAAAAUUAUCCACCUUAAUUAAAAGCAAACAUUUACAGAAUAUAUUACCUAUAGUCUUAGAAUUUCGUAGUAAAACGGUUUUGAAAAUAUUUGAAAAUGUGAUUUUGCAACUAUAAGAAAGUUAAUAUGUACUUUAAGUGCCAGUUCUUUUGAAUGAGCAAUACAAAUGUGUAGAUCUUUUUUUUUUUUAUUUGACUGGCAGUUUAUUAUAUCCUAAGCAUUGAAAACCCAAGAGCACACAGAAGCAUUAUAGGUUAUUCUCUGCCACUCCUUCAGUUGCAUAUAUUUAACCAUGGAGAUAUUAAAAGGGUCAAAUAGCUCCAAAGGUCAACUGAGGGUUGAUGAUUCAAGGAUGCUUUAUCAUGUUUGUUUCUUUUUAAUCAAUUAGUUGAGGUAUGGAAUAUUGCAAUUUUUCAUGUAUGGUGCUGUACUGUAAUUAUUUUAUUAUAAAUUUUUUUUGUAAAAGUUAGACUUGAUUGUGCUUAAUGUAUAGUUUUGGAAAGGAUCUGGAAUAUUGCUCUUCUUUUACUGAUUAUUAUUUUCACUAAUUGAUUUACUCUAUAAAUUUAGUGAAUUGCAGUACCUUGUUUUCGCUACCAAGAUUUUGCAUCAUCCCAUGUACUGUACCUUCUCCGAGUGUACUACUGUAGCUGAGGGCUCUAUAUUUUUCUCUGUUUUAGGAGCAUACUGAAAUGUCUGCACCCUUCCUCCAUCAUAUCAAUUUGUAUAAAAAUAACACUGUUGGUAGCAUAGUCUUUAUGUUAUCAGUGCUUUAAUGCAGUAGCAAAUACGGUGAUGGUAGUUGAUUUAGAUCUGAAAUCUGAAGCACUAGUUAAAAUAAAAGUUCUGCAAAAUGCUUUCAAUUUAGGUAAGGAUUAUAUAGGGCCUAUUACCAUAGAUUUUAAGUUCUCAAUUAGGCUAAUGUUUUUUAGGUUUUUUUACAAUACACAGUAAAUCAUCUUUUGAUUGUUCUAGAAUGCUUUCAAAAAUUAUAAGAAAAAUUAAAGAUGCAUUUUUCAAGAAAAGAAAGAAAUCAGCUAGAUGAUGCAUAUUUCAUUUUAUGUUUUUUAAUUUCUGUUUCUACCUUGCAGAGAGAGUGUCACGGUUUUUGUAUUGAAGGGUCCAAAAAUAUUUAGAUAAACCUAAAAACUACCUUUAAUUUAUACAGUGUGAUUUUUUCUAUGUGUUUUUGAUAUUUGGUUAAAAUUUGUACGAAAUGCAUGAAUACUUUAUAAAAUUUGAACCACCUAUGUGUGGUUAACUUGAAACAUUAUCACUAAUGUGGCAGGAACACUGAUUAUAGUGAUCAUUAGGAGUGCAUAAAAAUGUAAUUACUGUAUACAAGGUAGUAUUUACUGUAUAUGAAAUUAUUAUAUUGUAAUAUGCCAAUCUGUUUCCUCUCUUUACUAAGUUCCUUUUUAUAUUUAAGUGCUACUGAUUGAAUAAGUGUACUGUACAUAGCAUUAGUACAAUCAAUCUUAGUCAAUCCUUCUUGAUUUAAAUGUUCGAUAAAAUAUUAAAAUCUUAACAAAAAAAUGCAACAUGUUAAAUAAAAGAAAGAAGUUAAGUUCA